UUCUCUUCAUUCCAACUUCUUACACAACACAUCAUCUACUUCUCUCUCUCCAGCAAAAAUGGCUUCCAAAUUUCUCAUCUUCUCCCUACUUGUGUCUUUUCAAGUUCUUACUUCCACUUUAGCAGAUGAAACUGGUUUUGUGGGUACCGUAAACCCUAAGGAAUUAGGUUUACAUAAAACCCGUAAGUUUAGCCAUUUCAAGUUCUUCUUCCAUGAAAGGUUUACCGGCAGCAACGCCACCUCAGUGGCCAUUGUUCCUCCAAUUCCCAAAUACAACGCCACUUCUUUCGGCCUGGUGGGUAUCACAGACAACGCGCUCACCGUGGGAUCCGACCCAAACACCAAGGUGGUCGGAAGAAUUGAGGGGUUGUACGCCGGCACAUCGCAGACUGAGUUCAAUCUGUUGCUGGUUGUGAACUUUGUGCUGACCGAAGGAAAGUACAAUGGCAGCAGCAUUGCUGUGUUGGGGAGGAACCGUAUCUCCCUUAAGGUGAGGGAGCUACCUGUGAUCGGAGGAAGUGGGGUUUUCAAAUUUGCCAGAGGUUAUGCAGAAACCAGCACUCUGUACCUUGAUGCAGAUAGGUCUACAAUUGAGUACAACAUCUAUGUUUCGCAUUACUGAUGAAUUCGUAGGAAAUGUGCUUAUAAUGUUUUGUAGCUGUCAAACUUCUGUUUAUGUUCUGUUACUAGAUACGAUGAUUGGAUCAGGAAGGAGUUUUAGAGUGUUUUGAUGUUGUUGUGAGAGAAUGCAAUAAUUCGAUACAAGUUAAAGGAAAAGAUGAGAUUGUAUUUACAUUCAUGAAUAAGAAUUUACUUGAAUA